CAACUCAAUCUUUCAAUUGGAUGCAAAAUUGUAUCUUAUUCACACCUGCAUAAGGAAUUCUCUUGUCCAAUAGGAUAGCCCAUUUCUAGUGUAAGCAAAAAUACACGUACACGCCAAAGAAGCUUAUUCAUUCUAUCUUCACCUCUUUUUUCUUCUUCUUCACCAUAUCAUCUCUUGCAUUCUUGGCCAUCGCCACAUAGAACGUUAUUCCCCGUACAGGGUGGCCACUAAAGUUUAAAGAGGGUUUUCCGAUCUUACUGUUGAGCGCAUCGGCGCGCACUUUUUAUCUACGACUUUACUCGUCUUCUUCUCAACUCUCGUUCAAUCAAAGAAGGAUUAACGGUGUGAAGUGACAAUCCUGUUCAUUAUUUGUCAUUCUUCUUUCCGAGCUACUCAUCUUUUCAGUUGAUUUGCUCACACAAGUAUGUCUUCAAUCGCCACAGUCUCUUACAACAAACAGCGCAGAGCUGAAGAUAAGACAUUCAACAACCAAUCCUACCUUGGUUCAAUUCAAGAUCAUGAAGAAGUAACCACUUCAAACGACAUCGAAGCCAACGGCUUUGAGUCGGUCUCUCGUGCACCGGAAACAUGGGCUGGCGCUUUACCUGCUGCUCAAGGUCUCUAUGACCCAGACAACGAAAAGGAUUCUUGCGGUGUCGGUUUCAUGUGCCACAUCAAGGGAAAGCCAGCACACAAAAUUGUGACUGAUGCAAAAUCUCUAUUGUGCAACAUGACCCAUCGUGGUGCCACCGGUGCAGAUGCCCGUGAUGGUGAUGGUGCUGGUGUGAUGACUGGUAUUCCAGACACCUUCUUGAGGAGAGAGUCUGAGCGUGAUAUCGGUCACACUUUGCCCGCUCAAGGUCAAUACGCCGUCGGUAACUUGUUCUUCGAUCCUCGUGAUGACAAGGCAAGAGCUGAGCACGUCGCCAUUUUCGAGAAGAUGGCUAGCAAGCUUCAUUUGCGCGUCUUGGGAUGGCGUGAGGUUCCAGUCGACAACUCCAUCCUUGGUCCCGCCGCUUUGAGCAAGGAACCCAAGAUCUUGCAACCUUUUGUCGUUUUGGCUGACCAUUACGGCACUGAUACAAACAAGUGCAAAGAUCCCUCUGCUCCCUUUGACGCUCAAUAUUUCAGCCGUCAAUUGUACGUUUUGCGUAAAUCCGCCACUCACGGUAUCGGUUUGCCAAAAUGGUUCUACAUCUGUUCAUUGUCCAACACAAACAUCGUUUACAAGGGUCAAUUGAGUCCUCGUCAAGUGUACGAUUAUUACCACGACUUAAAUAACGCACACUACGCAAGUCACUUUGCCCUUGUUCACUCCCGUUUCUCAACAAACACAUUCCCAAGUUGGGAUCGUGCACAACCUAUGAGAUGGGCAGCCCACAAUGGUGAAAUCAACACCAUCCGUGGUAACAAGAACUGGAUGCGAGCUCGUGAAGGUUUGUUGAAAUCAGAAACAUUCAAGGAUGAAUUAGACAUGUUAUACCCAAUUAUUGAAAACGGUGGUUCAGACUCUGCUGCUUUCGAUAACGUUUUGGAACUUUUGGUCAUCAACAAUGUUUUGACUUUGCCACAAGCAGUCAUGAUGAUGGUUCCAGAAGCAUGGCAAGGAAACGAAGAUGAAAUGGACCCAGCCAAAGCAGCAUUCUACAAGUGGGCUGCUUGUUUGAUGGAACCUUGGGAUGGUCCAGCUUUGUUCACCUUCUCUGAUGGUCGUUACUGUGGUGCUAAUUUGGACCGUAACGGUUUACGUCCUUGUCGUUACUGCAUCACAGAUGAAGAUGUCAUGGUCUGUGCCUCCGAAACCGGUGCUGUUACCAUUGCACCCGAACGCAUCUUAUCAAAGGGCCGAUUGCAACCCGGAAAGAUGCUUUUGGUUGACACAGUUGAAGGCCGCGUGAUUGACGAUCGUGAAUUGAAGAAGACCACAGCUCAACGUGCAGACUUUGCUGCUUGGUUGGAAGCACAAUUGUUGGAUUUGAACAACAUUGUUUCCAAGGUUCGUAGAUCCGUUGAUAUCUCACCUAAACUUGACGAACACACCGUGCAAAAUGAUCCCAAAAUGUUGGCAUUCGGUUACACAUCCGAACAGGUCAGUCUUUUGAUGUUGCCAAUGGUGAACGAUGGAUCUGAAGCAUUGGGAUCUAUGGGUAACGAUGCUCCUUUGGCAUGCAUGGCACAAGCCCCUCGUUUGAUCUACGACUAUUUCAGACAAUUGUUUGCUCAAGUCACCAACCCUCCAAUUGAUCCUAUCCGUGAAGCUGUUGUUAUGUCUUUGGAACAAUACAUUGGUCCCGAAGGAAACUUGUUGGACAUGAACCCCAAUCAGUGUCACAGAUUGCGAUUGGGCAGCCCCAUCUUGACUAUUCAAGAGUGCAAUGCUCUCAAGAACUUGGACAAGGUUCACUCUGACUGGCCUGCACAAGUGAUCGAUUGCACAUACAACAAGAGUGAAGGUAUCGAAGGAUACGAAGCUACUCUCAACCGUAUUUGCACUGAAACAUCUCAAGCUAUUCGUGAUGGCUACCGCGUUGCUGUCUUGUCUGACCGUAAUGUUGGCCCUGAACGUGUGGCAAUCAGUUCUCUUGUUGCUUGCGGUAGUGUUCAUCAUCAUUUGAUCCGCAACAAGGAACGUAGCAAGGUCGCUUUGGUCAUGGAAUCCGGUGAAGCACGUGAAAUUCAUCACAUGUGUGUUUUGGUCGGAUACGGUGCUGAUGCAAUCUGUCCUUGGUUAUCAUUGGAAGCCAUGUUGAAGGUUUCCCGUGAAGGAUUGCUCAAGGUCGACAUGUCUGACGAGAAAUUGAUUGCCAACUGGCGUAAGUCUAUCGACGGUGGUAUCUUGAAGGUGAUGUCCAAGAUGGGUAUCUCCACCCUUCAAUCUUACAAGGGUGCUCAAAUCUUUGAAGUUUUGGGUUUGGACGAUACCGUUGUUGACAGAUGUUUCUCUGGUACUGCUUCCCGUAUCAAGGGUUCUACAUUCGAACUUUUGGCUAUGGACGCAUUGGAAUUCCACGACCGCGGUUACCCUGCCCGUUUGACAGUCACUCCACCCGGUUUGCCGGAAUCAGGUGAAUACCAUUACCGUACUGGUGGUGAAGGUCACAUCAACGACCCUGUCAGUAUUGCUAACUUGCAAGAUGCCGCUCGUGAACGCAAUCAAGCUGCUUACGACACAUACUCCAAAGCUGCUCACAAUUCAGUCAAAUCUGUUACCCUUCGUGGUUUGUUGGACUUUGCAUACGAAAAAGCACGUCCAAUCCCAAUCGAUCAAGUUGAGCCAUGGACUGAAAUUGUUCAACGAUUUGCAACUGGUGCCAUGUCUUACGGUAGUAUCAGUAUGGAAGCACAUUCUGCUUUGGCCAUUGCAAUGAACCGCAUCGGUGGUAAAUCGAACACCGGUGAAGGAGGUGAAGAUGCCGAGCGUUCUAUCCCUCUUCCAAACGGUGACUCCUUGCGUUCCAAGAUUAAGCAAAUCGCUUCUGGUCGUUUCGGUGUUACAUCAAACUACAUUGCUGAUUCAGAUGAUUUGCAAAUCAAGAUGGCACAAGGUGCUAAGCCAGGUGAAGGUGGUGAAUUGCCAGGUGACAAGGUUUCUCCUUCCAUUGCCCGCACUCGUCACUCAACUGCCGGUGUCGGUCUUAUUUCACCACCACCCCAUCACGACAUUUACUCUAUCGAAGAUUUGAAACAGUUGAUCUACGAUUUGAAGUGCGGUAACCCUCGUGCACGUGUCAGUGUCAAGUUGGUGGCCGAACCAGGUGUUGGUGUUGUUGCUGCUGGUGUGGCAAAGGCAAAGGCAGAUCAUAUCACAAUCUCAGGUCACGAUGGUGGUACUGGUGCUGCUAAAUGGACAAGUAUCAAGUAUGCUGGUUCACCUUGGGAAUUGGGAUUGUCUGAAACCCAUCAAACUUUGGUCUUGAACGACUUGCGUGGACGUGUUACAGUUCAAACUGACGGUCAAUUACGUACCGGACGUGAUGUUGCUAUCGCAUGUUUGCUUGGUGCUGAAGAAUGGGGUUUCGCAACCACUCCUUUGAUCGCUUUGGGAUGCAUUAUGAUGAGAAAAUGCCAUUUGAACACUUGCCCUGUCGGUAUUGCAACCCAAGAUGCUGCUCUCCGUGAGAAGUUCGCUGGUAUGCCCGAAUCUGUUACAAACUUCUUCUUCUUGAUGGCCGAAGAAUUGCGUGGUAUCAUGGCCAAACUUGGUCUUCGUACCAUCAAUGAAAUGGUUGGUAGAAGCGACCUCCUCAAGGUCGAUGAAAGUUUGCGCACACCAAAGACUGCCAACUUGGACCUGAGCGCUGUUCUCAAGCCUGCUCAUGAAAUGCGUCCAGGUGCCGCAACUUACAAGGUUCGUCAACAAGACCACAAAUUAUACAUUCGUCUCGAUAACAAGUUUAUCGAAGAAAGUGAGCCAGCUUUGACACAAGGCUUGCCCGUUCAAAUCGAAUGCGAUGUUGUGAACACUGAUCGUGCAUUGUGCUCUACUUUGUCUUACCGUGUUUCCAAGAUUUACGGUGAAGAAGGUUUGCCCCGUGACACAAUCCAUAUCAACGCAAAGGGAAGUGCCGGUCAAUCUUGCGGUGCCUUCUUGGCUCCAGGUAUCACAUUCGAGCUUGAAGGUGACGCAAACGAUUACGUCGGUAAGGGUAUGAGCGGUGGUCGCUUGAUCAUCUACCCACCAAAGAACUCCGCUUUCAAGGCUGAAGAGAACAUCAUCGUCGGUAACGUUUGUUUGUACGGUGCUACUUCUGGUAAUGCAUACUUCCGUGGUAUUGCUGCCGAACGUUUCGCAGUACGUAACUCCGGUGCACAUGCUGUCGUUGAAGGUGUAGGAGAUCACGGAUGUGAAUACAUGACUGGUGGUCGUGUUGUUAUCUUGGGUGCAACUGGACGCAACUUUGCUGCCGGUAUGAGCGGUGGUAUCGCUUACGUUCUUGAUAUGAACAGAGACUUCCACACAAGAUGCAACACCGGUAUGGUCGAAUUGGGUCCAGUCAAUGACCCUCAAGAUAUCGCUGAAUUGCGUAACUUGAUCGAGAACCAUCGUCAUUACACCGGAUCAACAGUUGCUGAACAUGUCUUGCAUGACUUCCACCAUCUUUUGCCACGCUUCGUCCGUGUUAUGCCAUUGGACUACAAGCGUGUCUUGGAAGAAGAAGCUGCAAAGGCUGCUGCUGAGAAGAAACGUUCGAGUCAUGUUGACUUGCUCGGUACACUUUCUCGUCACGGUAGUCAAGUUGACGUUUCCGUUACUGAGGACACCGAAGCUAAGACUGCGAACGCUGUCAAAUGUGAGCCAGCAGUUGCUGAUGUUGAAGACUCCAUGGUUGAUGAUGAAUCUCAAAAGGCAAGAUUGGCCAAAUUGGACAAGACUCGUGGUUUCAUGAAGUACAAGCGAUUGGGAGAACAUUACCGUACACCCACUAAGCGUACAAAGGACUGGAACGAACUUUCAACUCGUUUGACCGAUGCCGAAUUGAAAUACCAAACAGCCCGUUGCAUGGACUGUGGUGUUCCAUUCUGUCAAACAGGAACUGGUUGCCCAAUCGCAAACGUUAUUCCUCAAUUCAACAACCUUGUCUUCAAGGGUCAAUGGGAAGCCGCUUUCCACUCUUUGGCAAAGACUAACAACUUCCCCGAAUUCACUGGUCGUGUUUGCCCUGCUCCAUGUGAAGGUGCAUGUGUUUUGGGUAUCAAUGAACCAGCUGUCGGUAUCAAGAGUGUCGAAUGUGCCAUUAUUGACAAGGCUUGGGAAAUGGGAUGGAUGAAGCCAAACCCACCUCAACACCGUACCGGCAAGACAAUUGCCGUCAUUGGUUCAGGACCAGCUGGUCUAGCAUGUGCUGAUCAAUUGAACCGUGCUGGUCAUUCAGUCACAAUCUAUGAACGUGCUGACCGUCCAGGUGGUUUGUUGAUGUACGGUAUCCCCAACAUGAAGCUCGAAAAGAGAUUCGUCAUGCGUCGUUUGAAGAUCAUGGAAGACGAAGGCGUCAAAUUCGUUUGCGGCGUUAGCGUUGGUACAGAUGUCUCUGCUGAUGAUUUGCGUGCUCAAAACGAUGCAGUCGUCUUCGCAACUGGAAGCACCAAACCACGUGAUUUGAGCAUUCCUGGUCGUGAUGCAGACGGUAUCUUCUUUGCAAUGGACUUCUUGAGCAUGAACACAAGAAGUUUGUUGGACUCUGCUCAUGAAGAUGGUCGUUACAUCUCUGCAAAGGGCAAGAAGGUUAUCGUUAUUGGUGGUGGUGAUACAGGUAAUGACUGUAUCGGUACUUCCAUCCGUCAUGGUGCAACAUCGAUCAACAACUUUGAAUUGUUGCCAAUGCCAUCCAAGACUGGUCGUACACGCGAUAACCCAUGGCCACAAUGGCCACGUAUCUUCCGUACCGAUUACGGUCAUACAGAAUGCAAAGAGAAAUGGGGAGAAGAUCCAAGAACAUAUGAGAUCACAACUACCCAAUUCGAAAAGGAUGAAUCUGGCAAAUUGGUUGCAUUGCAUACGCAAGAAGUUAAAUGGGAGAAGGAUGCUUCUGGUCGCUGGCAAAUGAACAAGGUACCAGGAAGUGAUAAGAGAUGGGAAUGCGAUUUGGUAUUCUUAUCUCUCGGUUUCUUGUCUCCUGAAAAGGAAGCUUACUCUUCUUUGGGUCUUGAACAAGACGGUCGCGGUAACAUUUUAGCCGAUGACCGUGAAGGUAAAUCACCUUAUAAGACUUCCGUUGAAAAGGUAUACGCAACAGGUGAUUGUCGUCGUGGUCAAUCAUUGGUUGUGACUGGUAUCAUGGAAGGUCGUGCUUGUGCAGCAUCAAUCGAUGCUGAUUUGGAAGGUGAAUCAAGAUUGCCCUGGUCAGGAGGUAUUCCAAAGCGUACUUUUAACUCGCAAAAAUGGUCAGCAAAGAAGCCAGCUGCUAUCGCAAACGGUCAUGCUGAACCUCAAGUAGCCGCAGCUGCUUAAGGGUAGCAGGCAAAUCAAUAUAUCAAAAGGAUUCAUAAUUCAAUCCAAUCCUAUUUUUUU